CUAAUGUAGCUGAGAUGGGAUGAAAAACAUGGUAAUGGCGUUGAAUCGGGGAGAAAAACGAGGUGCUCCAAAAGCAGCGCAAGCUUCUGUCGGACAGCCUGCGAGCAGACUCUACUUGAUUACUGCGGUCGUUCCAUCUGUUCACAUUUGAUUUUAAAAUCGACUUAAAAGGGACAUUUUCUCUUCUUUACGUCUGUCCGAUCGGCUUGUGUCAUUUCAGCAGGACUUAACUAGAAAAAAGAAGAUGUCUGCUUACAAAGAUGGCGAGGAAGACUGGCUGACUGUGUGUCUCAAAUACCUGCUGUUUGUUUUCAACUCGCUUUUUUGGGUGGGAGGUGCCGCCGUUCUGGGCGUGGGCGUGUGGACGCUGGUGGAGAAGAGCGAGUUUCUCAGCCUGCUGGCGUCCGGCACCUUUGCUGUCUCCGCCUACAUUCUCAUCCUGGCCGGCAGCCUGGUGGUGGUCACGGGCUUCCUGGGCUGCUGCGCCGUCAUCCGUGAGCAGAGGAGCUGCCUCUCCACGUAUUUCUCCUGUCUGCUGUUGAUCUUCCUCAUUGAACUGGUGGCUGGAGUUCUGGCUUACGUUUAUUACCAGAGGUUGAGUGAGGAGCUGAAGCAGCAUCUCAAGCUGACCAUGACGGACAACUACGCUCAACCGGGGAAGGAGGCCAUUACAUUAGCGGUGGACAAACUACAACAGGAAUUCAAGUGCUGUGGCAGCAACAGCUACCAAGACUGGACUGACAGCGUGUACAUCUUAUCCACGAGCGCCAACCGCCGAUUGGUGCCCGACAGCUGCUGCAAGUCGCUCACCCCGGCAUGCGGCAUCCGCAACCACCCAUCCAACAUCUACAAGGUGGAGGGGGGUUGCAUCACCAAGCUGGAGCAGUUCCUGGCCGACCACCUGCUGGUCAUUGGGGCUGUGGGCAUUGGUGUGGCCUGUCUCCAGCUGGCCGGGGCAAUCUUGACCGCCUGCUUUAUCUAUCUUCUCUAUAAAGAAGAGGAGGAGGAUUUGGCUACGUUGUGAUUGUCGUUAGCGCCGCGCUUUUAGCUCCCGUGUUCUUUUGCAGAUCUGUGGGAUGGUGCUCACCUGCUGCUUGUACAGGAGGAUCAAGAUGGAGCCUUACUGACGUGCUCCGCGUCCUCUUUGUGCCACAUUCUGGCUCCUCGUCUUUUUUGUUUCGUUUUCUUGUCUGCUCUUCUUUGCCCUUUUCCGUGUGCUGAACAACGGAGGCCUUGUGGAGCAUGUCUUGCCUUUAAGCUUUAUUAUGAGAGCACUUAUAUUGACGCAAUGUUGUCUGCCAGCGUUUGUGCUCGUGAAUUAUGAAUGUGUCUGAAACCCCAAAAAUGGAACAGACACUGUGUAUGUUGUUUAAUGUUGUGCCUGAUAACAUAACCAAAGGGUUUGCUUUGAGUGUUAUUGAUGCAGAGUAUACGGGAAGAAACCAGAGCAGCCUUAAUAAUACCUUGAAAUAUUUUAUCGUCACCUGCCACAAUGUUAGGUAUACUUUUGUAUUAAAAACAUUUUUUUUAUUUUUUUUUAAAGAGCAACUACUUCAAAUAUUUUUAAUGAACCAUAACUGGUGCUCCAAAUAUUCCCUGUUCCAUCCCACAAAUAUUAAAAACAGUGACACAAUUUCAGUUUGUGUUAUUUGAGCCGCCAGGGGGAGACAAAGCUCACAUUUAGAAAAUCACGACUGCUCUUCUCCACUUGCCCUUUAACUUUGUGUCGCCUGUUACAUUGUCAACAUUGUCAAGUCUGAGCAUUCCCUCAGUUUUAUUGUCAUGUAAUUAUAUUCCCAGUUAAGGGCUCCUCUAUAAUUUCUCCAAACUUUGCCACGGUGCCUCGUUCAAACCACAUUUAGUUCCCCCAAAAAGCGCUGAUGUGGUUCUUGGGGUCGUGGCUAAAUGAAAUGCUGUACUUUAUGUAUUACCUCUCAGCCUAUUGUUAGUGUGUCAUGGUUACCACGUGUCCCGUCUGUUAUUCUUUCGUUCCCUUCUCGUAGCGCCGGAGUUUCUACGUCGCAGCCUUGUGUCCAAUAACCCGGCGACUUAAGCGUUAGACGCGUGUGGGAAACACUUUUGGGACGUGCACAUCUGCACGUGGGGGGGGGGUGGAGUGGGGUCCAAGGUUUGUUUGGCCAUAGUUGAUUAGCCGUGCAUGAAGAUGUAAACACUUCACGGGGAUUUUGAAGUGAGUAAGCCGUUAGACUGUCUGUUAUUUGUCAUGUGUCAGCAAGACAGAAAGAAACAAAGUUAAUGUUCUAAAAGCCCCCCCCCCUUUUACCCGUGGUUUGUCCACAGACACCUGAAAUUCAUAUCAUUUUAUCGUCCAUACUACAGGAAAUUGACCUCAACCAUCAAGUGUGAAACUAAAUAAUCAAAUAAAAUUUUCAAAAAUAUUCCAAGGAAGCCGAUCUAAAUUAUAAUGAAAAGUGAUGUAAAAGUGUCACUGAUUUAAAUAUUUUUUUCGCAAAGGUUUUACAUAAAUUUACCCUAAAUUAAUUAAGCAUUUAUAAAUGAUUUCAAGCCUACUUUAAAGUUAAAUAAAGCUAAACUGUACUUAACAGUUGUGUGGUACUGGAUUAAAAAAGAAAUUGAAAAAAAAGUUCGGACUUUUAAUACAGUAAUUCUUUAACAUACCAUCAGAUGGACCCUUCAUAACACUAGCGGUGCUUUGAUUAUCACUACGUUACAUUGAUUGACAAUUUGACGGCUUCAUGAAAAAAAAAAAAGAAUGCUUCUACUUUUUACGUUGUCUAAGAAGUGAUAUUUAAUAGUCGUAAUAUAACUCUUAAUUUUUCCCGGGUUUUAAUGAAAUCAUGCCCCAGUCAUUAAAACAACCUGAGAACUGGUUAAAUUGUGAAUAAAAUUGCAUCACUGACACA